AUGUCCGUUGAAUACUCGGGCUAUCUUCAGAAGACGGGUGGGAAAUUCUACAAAAAGAACCAGACCCGCUAUUUUGAGCUCCGUGGCCCUGUGUUGUGCUACUGGAAGAGGCGUCCCUCUGGACCCCACGUUUCUCCAACGGGCACCAUCGAUCUUACCAACACUCGCCUCGUCGAGAACCCAAAGGACCCUAGAUCAUGGACAAUUGAGGGGGACCACCUCUCCAAGACGUUCACGCUUACUGCUGACACAGAGGAGCAGAGGGAAGCGUGGGUAAGGGAGAUGUCGAAGGUGAAACCAAAAAAUAGGGAACAGCCCAGUACGGCGGUUCAAAGCAGUGGUGACGUUCAUGCAGUCACUUUGUAUACUGGGGGACGUCAUAAAGUUUCCCUGGAUGACUUUGAACUUAAAGCUACCAUUGGGGCUGGUUCAUUCAGCAAUGUGUUUGUGGCUCGCGAAAAGAGCACGGACAAAGUGUAUGCUAUAAAAGAAAUGGGGAAGGAACUUAUUCAGCAACACAAUAUGCUUUCAAAUAUUGCCGCAGAAAAACACAUCCUACAAACGAUCAGUCACCCCUUUAUUGUGUCACUCCAUUACGCCUUUGAGACGAAGAAAUGCUUGUACCUUGUGCUUGACUUUCUGCCCGGCGGGGAACUAUUUUUUCAUCUUGCCAAGGAGAAGGUGUUGAC